GUUGUGAAGGUAGCAUCACAUCGUGCGAGGCACAACGAUAUGGAUGCGAGUGAUGGUCAUGCGCAUGCGCCCUUUCAGAGGAGAAGAAUCGUGGCUCCGUUAGCAUCCAGAGCUAGCGGAUUGAUUGGGGAGCACGGUGUGGAGGAAGGCGUCUUGCGCACGGAAGGCAGAAAGAUAUCGGCGACUUCAAAUACCCCCAGCUAAUCCCUGAGCUAACCAUUAUCCCUCCAUGCUGUCCGCGGAAGGAAGAUAACGUUAAUAACCCUGCACUGCCACCUGAAUUAGCCACGGUGCAAGACAGAUAGGGGAAACUGCGUCUUCCUUUCUGGCAGAAUCAGUUUUCUCUUUUGAAUAAUAAGAAUAUAUCUGCAGCAUCGACUAAGUAAGAAUGAAGCUACCGAAUAACAGACAAUGUGCGAUGGAAGGAGAUGGAAAGAAGAUGGACCAAGCUCCACCGGUCAGAAACCCUUUUGUGCACGUCUUGAAAUUCACCCCCCUGGAAAAGGCAAAGAUUGCAUUAAUGACAGUCACACUAUUCCCCAUCCGUCUACUCAUAGCUGCAUUCAUGAUGCUGCUGGCUUGGCCUUUUGCCUUCCUGGCCUCAGUGGGACGCUCCGAGACUGCCGUCGAACCCCAGUGCCUCUGGAGGAGACUGGUGGACAUAAUUCUGAAGAUCAUCAUGCGGGUCAUGUGGUUUGCGGGAGGCUUCCAUUGGAUGACCAUCAAAGGGCAAAGGGCCUUGCCUGCAGAAGCACCCAUUCUCACCCUGGCACCCCACUCUUCUUACUUUGAUGCCAUCCCAGUCACCAUGACAAUGGCCUCAAUUGUCAUGAAGGCUGAGAGCAAGGAUAUACCUCUUUGGGGGACUUUGAUUAAGUACAUCAGGCCAGUGUUUGUGUCACGGUCAGACCAGGACUCCAGAAAGAAGACUGUGGAGGAAAUCAAACGCAGAGCCCACUCUGGAGGAGAAUGGCCUCAGAUAAUGAUUUUUCCAGAAGGAACAUGCACCAAUAGAUCCUGCUUAAUCACCUUUAAGCCAGGGGCCUUCAUCCCCGCUGUACCAGUGCAGCCUGUGGUGAUUCGUUACCCUAAUAAACUGGACACAAUCACAUGGACAUGGCAAGGACCUGGAGCGUUUGAAAUCUUGUGGUUGACACUCUGCCAGUUGCACAACGAGUUUGUGAUCGAGUUCCUUCCCAUCUACACACCAUCAGAGGAGGAAAAAAAGAACCCUGCUCUCUUCGCUAUCAACGUGAGACGUGUCAUGGCAAAAGCCCUGGGCGUACCUAUCACAGACUAUUCAUUUGAAGACUGCCAGCUGGCCAUGGCAGAAGGCCAGCUGAGACUGCCAGUCGACACCUGUCUGCUGGAGUUUGCCAAGCUCGUCAGGAGACUGGGGCUGAAACCACGGAACACAGAGAAGGUUCUGCAGGAGUACGGGAACAGAGCCAGGAAGCUGGAGGGGCAGAAGCUGGACUUGGGUGACUUCGCUCAGUUCCUCGAUGUGCCAGUUUCAGACAUGCUGCGAGACAUGUUUGCUCUUUUUGAUGAGCAUGAAGAUAACUGCAUGGAUAUCAGAGAAUAUGUGAUAGCCUUAUCUGUCGUAUGCAGACCUGCCAAAACUCUGGAAACGAUGAAAUUGGCCUUCAAGAUGUUUGAGGCAGAGGAGGAUGGUGCCAUCACAGAAAUGGAGUUGGCAGUUAUACUGAAGACAGCUUUAGGAGUGACUCACCUCAGUGUGUCGCGUCUGUUUACCGCAAUCGACCCUGAAGACACAGGGAAGAUCACAUUUGACAAGUUCAGAUGCUUUGUGGAGCAGCACCCAGAUUUUGCUGAGGAGUACCUGCACACAGAAAACGCAGGCCUCCACACCGGGCCCUGCCACGGUCACCAAAUAAAGCCCAGCCUGUCUUCUCUGAACCUGCAAGGCACUGCCACCACCAAAACGGCUAAUGGUAUCUGCCCCGACUUUAGCCCCAACGACCACGAUCGCACAAUAGAUGGACUGCUCAAGAAACACAACUAAAACAGUUUGAAAAAUGUAGUGGGGGCAAACAAACUCCUCUCCUGGUGAGAAGGUGUUGUGUAAAGGGUUGUUAGUUACUGGUUAGUUAGUAAAUCGUUUGAACAGUAAGGGACUAUUAUUUCAGUAACCCCAGCUACAAAAAUGAAGAAGUUUACCUAACCCUUUUUUAUUAGUAUUGUUUCAAUGAAAUUUUCUGAGGUUAUUUUCAGCCUGGCAACAGUUUAUUUUGUUAUAAAUUCCUUUUUUUUUAUUUUUUCAUAGAAAGGAUCGUCAAAAUGCCAAACACUGGUUGUUUCAGAUACAAUGCUUGAAUACUUGAAGGGCAAGCACUUAUAAAAAUCCCCGGGGCAAAAGUUUAUUUUACUUUUUUUUUUUUCCUUUUCCCUCCAACAUAGUACUGACAGUGCAUGUUUUUAAAAGGAGGGAAGCAAGAAAAAAAAAAACCCUGGACAGUGAAGUGAACUAAUUUUUAGUGAAAUCAGUGUUGGAUUCUCUUUUUAUUUGUAACUUUUAACUAUUUCCUUUCUUUAAUGGUAGCUGCCUUUUGAACUGAAAGUGCAGAAUGCAUGGGCUCAUGUUAUUUUGAGCAGUAUUGAGGAUUAUUUAUCUGAAGAAGGGAGGCCUGAUGGUACCAGUGACAAUUGUUUGACCACUUGAAGCGUUUAGCUUUAGUAGCCACAUUUGAGGUGAACUCAGGUCUCUGUGAGUCGAUGGUCAUAAUUGCUACAAGCCUGUUUUUAUAUAUAUUAUACACACACACUUAUACAUAUGUGUGUGUGUGUAUAUAUACAUAUAUAUAAUAAACACAAUGAUAUAUUUGAUUUAGCUCAGGGUUCAGUGACAAAAAUGAAAAACUUAACUUGUAUGAUGUCAUCAUUUUUGAUGCUCACUGGGUUACAUGCAUGUUCUUUUUUCUUCUUAUGACAUCAGUACUUUUCUGCCCAGUCAUUCCUCAUUCAUCAACUUCACUGAUGUAUUUUUUUUCUUUCAGGUCAGCAGAUUCAAGUGUCUUUUUUUUAAUUGUUAAAUUUACACAACUUGGACCAAAAAUGCAUUAGGUGAUUUAAUGUCACCUUUUAUAUUUGUACUGUCCUUUUCCAGUCGGCAGUGUAAUGGCUUUCAAGGAAGAAUUCAGUGUGUGUGACCAUUGAAAGCACAUUUAGAUUGGUGGUGAAGUUGGGUUUGCCAAAGGCAAGGUCAUACUAUUUCCCUCUCAGCAUUACACUGCUAUACAGUAUCAAUCAUUCCAUCACUUUUCAUGGCAUAUUAUUCCUCAGUCUAUCUGAAAUCCUUACUAUUCCUGUAUGUUUUGAAGGAUCUAAUAACAAACCAUUGGCUCCUUAGUCACUUGUAAAUUUGACCUACCUGCUCUGUUUCUGAUGUCCACCAACAAAGGCAUGUUUUGAAAGAGGUCCAAGCACCUUUGCCAUUUAAUCACAUUUUAGGGACCAGUAUAGAAAUUGAAUAAUAUCUGCCUGAGGUAAUAUUUAUGCCUCAUUUUUAAGUUUUUGCUAAUGAUGGUCAUAUUGGCACAAAAAGAUUUGUCACAAAUGUGAUUUAAUGGCCUCUCAGUAAACUGACAUGCAGCCUCUGGCCAUAAAAUGUAUUUAUAAUCAUGGGCCAGGUGGAGCCAUGCUUUCAAAUUGAAUUAAAAUGAAGGAAUAUUUAAGUUAACAAAUUUUAUGUCAAAUCAGGCAAAUAGUGCAGUUGUUUAUUAGUCUUAGUUUAUUGGUCUUUUAAAUUAUUGAUUGAUUCAUACUGGGAAGAAUAUUGUGUUAACGCUUCUCACCUGAUAUUUUCUAAAUAGCCCAAUACUCAUGCUUUUUUUAUUUAUUUUUUUGUCUGAUUUUAAUUCAACAAACUUAAUCUGAGAUUACAAUCAAGUGACACUGUCUGAUGUGUUGACAAAACUUUUAGAUUUAGAUAAUACAGUGAUGCUCAUUUCAAUCAUUUUCUAACAGUUAAUUAUUUGGCUGUUUUUUAAAACUUCUUUUUGUUUCUGGGAGCAGAUAAAAUAACCUAAAAAUAGUGCAGUUAUUUAUAUUAUGUCAUUUUGUAGAAACAUUAUUUGUUAAAGGGAAUAACUCUCCUGAGCAGAUUAAAUGAAACACAUUAGAAUCUGUCUGUAGCCAGUUGUACUCGGGUUCUGUGCACUCAUUGUUUGAUACUGUUGACUUUUUAUUCAUCGAUAUCACAAAAAGGAUUUACAGUGGUUUCUCUUUUCUUUCCUUUUUUGAAAUUUUGUUAGUUCAUCAUGUUGGUGAGCAUCGUAUUCCCAUCACAUUCAUGACCAUGCAUACUGUACAUGUAUCCCUGUUAUGGCUUUCAGUGAAGCAAUAUUUCACAUCUUUUAAGCCUUCUCAAGAUGUAUGCUUUUGAAGAGUUCUGAUAUGUAUUUUGAAUAUUCCAAAUGCAGGACAUUUUGUGAAUUUUUGAUAUACGUAUAUGAAUGAUUUUUAUUUUCACUGCCAUGACAGAGAUCUGUGAUCUUCUCUCCUCUGCAGAUUGUAUUGAUGGUGAAAUUUGAGCCACUUUUUUUUUCCUUUGUAUGAUACUGCAAUCGUUUUGUGCUGUAUUCCUCCUACACAGUGUAAAGUUUUAUUGUUGUAAUAUUAUUACUAUUCCCGCUGAGUUGACUGCUUAGAAACAAAAUGCAGAUUUCAUAUGGAAACCGAUAGCCUUGAAUCUAUAGAAUUUUUAUGCUAAAAAAAAAGAGAAUGUAUAGACAAUCUUGUCACAAUCAGAAGCUACACAAAGCGCUGAUCUCUAGUGGACAUUUUCCUAAGAAGUUAUGGUUUUCAAAUGUACACUUUUUAUCCUGUCUUCAUUGACUUUUUUUAUGUUUGAGGCGUGCAGGUUGAACUAAGCAAAGUGUGAGUGUGUAAGUGUCAGGCCUUGAGGUGAUGUCUGCCGCCACAUGACGGGCCACAUCGCACAAACACUCCAGACUGUACGCAGAUAUAAACUUAACAUUUGAUAUGUUCAAUCACAGUCUUUUAAUAUUGCUCCCCCACCCUGUUCUACUUUGUCCUGUUAAACUGUAUGUAUUUGUGCUUGCACUUUAGAUUAUUUUCUUUAUUUUUUUAAAGAAACAUCACAUUGCUGUAAAGCCUGUUAAGUUUGUAGAUUACAGUAUUGUAGCGCAAUUCUGUUACUAUGAAUAUUUGAUAAAGUUUGCAUUCAUAUGUUUGCUACAGUAACGGGAGCACAGAGGAAAGUAGGGAUCACAAGUUAACUGAAGCUGUCCCUUGCCCCACAUUUGAUUUUGUACUGUAAGAGCUCAGUUAGUUAACAACAUCUAAAACACUUUCUAGACCUACUCUUCUGCUUUGUCUCAGGAUUGUGGAAAUUUUGUAGCUUGAAAAUGACUGUAAAUUUGUAGAACAUGGCUCGUACAGAUUUGAAUGACUGAAAAUAGUUUGCACCAUGGAAUGGAUAAGUAUUAAAUAUGUACUCCUAAGUGAUGUGAUUUUACAACAGGUGGUUUGGUAUACAGUUCACCCUGUAUGUAUGUAUGAGGGAAACCAUGCUGUUUUUGUACAUAGGUGGGUAAUCUGAUUACAAAUUACAACUGACACAGUGAUAUCAAUUGAUAUCUCAAGACAUGGCCCAGGAUGAAAUAUACUGAGCCACAGUAACCCCUAAUGUAGUUUUUUUUUUUUUUUUUUUUUUUAAACAGAAAAUUCCAUCUGAAGGUCUAAAGGAUGUUACCAUACUUCAUCAGCAAGUCAAAUAUGUACAUUUAUUUAUAUAUUCAAUAUUACAUUCAGAACAAUUCCGCAUUGGGGUUGUGUAAAAGUACUGGGUCCAUUUCUUUUCACACUUGUUUUACUUCCCUUUAUUUUAAAUACCUCAGUAGAGGUGAAUCUCAUUUUCUACUUGCUAUCAAUCUGAGAAAAUGUAAACCUGCGAGAGAUAAACUUGUAUUUAUGGUACUGCUGCCUGCUUAACCACAGUUUGUCCAGCAGUGAGCCUAAGACGAGAGACUUGUGUACUCUUGACAGAGUGAUAUUGUCUUUCUGAUGGCUUACUGUAUGUGGACCAAGAAACUGAACUCUGUUUUCUCUGUAGCUUUACUUCCUGUCUUUUUCUAUUCUCUACAGGUUUUAUUUUAUUAAUGCAUUUUGAUGAUGAAGAGUCAUUACUGCAAGCUACUUUGAAUUUGUCUGUUCAGGACUGCUAUGAUAUAACUUGUUAAUGUGACUCUUGGAUUGAAUUAAAAAAGAACUGUUAACACACA